AACAAACAUAAAUAGAAGAGCAACAAUAAGAACAACAACAUAGAUCAACGGACCGCUAAAAGACUAAAGUUCAUUCAAGUCUUUGGAGGUGGGACGGACGCAAAGUACCAACUGGUGUUUCUGCCCAGCAUCAGCAGCAGCAGCAGCCAGUAUCAGCCUGGUGCAGCUCAUCAAUAUUCCAAAAAGCAAUUGAGACAGUCGGACGAGGCAUUAAUUCAUCAAUUAUUCAAAAUGACCGAAGACGAAAUUCUCUUUGACGAUGUUUACGAACUCUGCGAGGUCAUUGGCAAAGGACCAUUCUCCAUUGUGCGCCGCUGCAUACAUAGAGAGUCCAAUCAGCAAUUUGCUGUCAAAAUUGUUGAUGUGGCCAAGUUUACGGCGAGCCCAGGACUGAGCACAGCGGAUCUGAAACGUGAAGCCACAAUAUGUCACAUGCUGAAGCAUCCGCACAUAGUCGAGCUACUGGAAACCUACAGUUCCGAGGGCAUGCUCUACAUGGUCUUUGAAUUCAUGGAAGGCUCCGACUUGUGCUUUGAGGUUGUGCGUCGUGCCGUCGCAGGUUUUGUCUACAGCGAGGCGGUGGCUUGCCACUAUAUGCGCCAGAUAUUGGAGGCCCUGCGUUACUGCCAUGAAAACGACAUCCUGCACAGAGAUGUGCGACCAGCGUGUGCGCUUCUGGCGACAAUUGACAACUCGGCGCCAGUGAAGCUGGGUGGAUUUGGAUCGGCGAUACAAUUGCCAGGUACGCGCGAAACCAUUGAAACACACGGCCGAGUGGGCUGUCCGCACUAUAUGGCACCAGAGGUGGUCACCCGGCGUCUAUAUGGCAAGGGCUGUGACGUUUGGGGAGCUGGUGUAAUGUUGCACGUUCUGCUGUCGGGAAGGCUACCUUUUCUAGGAUCCGGGGUGCGAUUACAGCAAUCAAUAGCACGGGGACGCCUAUCGUUUGAGGCGCCUGAAUGGAAAUCCAUUUCGGCCAAUGCUAAGGAUCUAGUCAUGAAAAUGCUGGCAGCCAAUCCCCAUCAUAGAUUAUCGAUAGCUGAGGUGCUAGAUCAUCCCUGGAUUAGGGAUCGCGACAAAUUGCAGCGCACACAUUUGGCGGAUACCGUUGAGGAAUUGAAGCGCUACAAUGCACGACGCAAACUCAAGGGAGCAGUGCAGGCCAUUGCUGGCGGUACCAACAUGGAUCCGCUCUAUGUCACCGAUGCGGACAUGCCGAUUGCAGGUGCACCGGACGAGUGGGCCGACGAGGAGGCGGGUAUCGAGGCGGUGCAGCGCAUAUUGGAUUGCCUGGAUGAUAUUUACUCACUGCAGGAUGCACACGUCGAUGCGGAUGUGCUGCGAGAUAUGUUGCGCGAUGGUCGCUUGCAACAGUUUCUGCAGCUUUUCGAUCGCAUUGGCUCCUCGAUAAUCACGACCAAUGGCCGGGCGCCCAGCGCCGAGGCUGUGGCGCGCAGUCGCGAUGUCCUGGAGCAAUUGUCAUCGGUUGGCGUCGCUGUUGGCAAUAAGUAUGCCAAGGAUGAGCUGAUGCAGCUACUCGCCGCUCCCCACUUACAGGCGCUGCUGCAUACACAUGAUGUUGUCGCUCGGGAUGUUUAUGGCGAGGAGGCGUUGCGGGUGACACCGCCGCCAAUGGUGCCCUAUCUCAAUGGCGAUGAGAUAGACAAUGUCGAGGGCGGUGAGCUGCAGCAUGUGACACGCGUGCGUCUCGUUCAGUUCCAGAAAAACACAGACGAACCGAUGGGCAUCACGCUCAAAAUGACCGAAGACGGGCGCUGCAUUGUGGCGCGUAUCAUGCACGGCGGCAUGAUACAUCGACAGGCCACAUUGCAUGUGGGUGACGAGAUACGGGAGAUCAAUGGGCAGCCGGUGCAGCAUCAGUCGGUCGGUCAAUUGCAACGAAUGCUGCGCGAGGCACGCGGUUCCGUUACCUUUAAAAUAGUUCCUUCUUACCGUAGCGCACCGCCGCCUUGUGAGCUUUUCAGGAUAAGACCCGCUCCAGUGCUUAUAUUUGUUCGUGCACAGUUCGAUUAUAAUCCGCUGGACGAUGAGCUUAUACCCUGCGCACAGGCGGGCAUUGCGUUCCAAGUGGGCGAUAUAUUGCAGAUUAUUAGCAAGGACGAUCAUCACUGGUGGCAGGCGAGAAUUGAUACGGUGGGCGGUUCGGCGGGUUUGAUACCAUCGCCGGAACUGCAGGAAUGGCGCAUUGCCUGUCAGACCGUUGAUAAGACCAAGCAGGAGCAGGGAGACCCGGGUGCUGGAUGUUCCGCUCACGCAGAUGGGUGUGAUGGAUCCGCAGUAAACUGUUCCAUUUUCGGGCGCAAGAAGAAACCAUGUCGGGACAAAUAUUUGGCCAAACAUAAUGCCAUAUUCGAUACGCUCGAUGUGGUCACAUACGAAGAGGUGGUCAAAGUGCCAGUGGGUGAUCCGAAUUUUCAGCGUAAGACAUUGGUGCUAUUGGGUGCACAUGGAGUUGGUAGGAGGCACAUAAAGAAUACUUUAAUAUCAAAGUAUCCCGAUAAGUACGCCUAUCCCAUACCACAUACAACGAGACCUGCUAAGCCUGAUGAGGAGAGCGGACGCAGCUAUUACUUUGUUACCCAUGAUGAAAUGAUGGCCGAUAUUGGUGCCAACGAGUAUUUAGAAUACGGAACCCAUGAAGACGCCAUGUAUGGCACCAAGCUGGACACCAUUCGACGCAUACAUACUGAUGGCAAAAUGGCCAUAUUAGAUGUGGAGCCGCAAGCACUCAAAAUAUUGCGCACUGCUGAAUUCACGCCCUAUGUUGUGUUUAUAGCGGCACCAUUGCUGUCGAACAUUGCAGAUUACGAUGGAAGUCUGGAGCGUCUGGCUAAGGAAUCGGAUAUGCUGCGUCAACUGUACGGGCAUUUCUUCGAUAUGACCAUUGUCAACAGCGAUAUUGGCGAGACGAUUGCCGCGCUGGAAUCGGCCAUUGAACGCGUGCAUACUACACCCCAAUGGGUGCCGGUCUCCUGGCUCUACUGACAAGACAGUGAGCUGGAGUGUCCCGACUGUCUCGAUGGCUGCGAUUGUGAGUGGGAUGCAUACACACAGGCGUCGAAUGUGGCGCAAUACUGAGUACACAGCAACACACACCAUUAAAGUAUUAACAAGGCACAAAUACAACACGAAAUGCAUUCUCAUCUACAAGAAACACACACACAGUGAAAUUGGCAGGCGCCUGGCGCCCAAUUAUUUAUAUACAUUACACACAUACACAUACACACCACACACACACACACAUACACGUAUAUAGAGUGGGUAUUAUGGGAACUGCAGUCGCAACGCUAAGACAAAUUGUGAGUUUUCAAAACUAAUAUAAAUUUGAAUUUUUGUUAAUUGUUUUAUCUUUGAUGUUUUAAGUCUAAGUUGAAUAUUGUCGUAAUUGCCAUUCCAAUUAGCUUUUCUUGAGUUUGUUUAUUGUUUAUGUUAUUGUUUUAAACUAGUAUAUAUACUUUUAUAUUAUUAAUUUGUCAGACAGCAUUAAACGCUUAUGUAAUUCCUGCACUUGUUAGUGGUUAAGUUAACUUGAACAAAAACAAACGCACACCAGCAACAAAAUACGAAAUGUAAUAUGUUAACAAUAUAAUUUGCAAUGUGAAAAAGUCUUUUGAAAAGCGAGCGUUAAACGAUUUGGUAAAUUAUUGAGAACUACCUAAUUAAAUGAAAUGAAAAUAUUACAAAAUAAGGGGGAAGUCAGAACGAGUAACAGCGACAACAACAACAAAAUAAAGUACUGUAUGAUGUGAGCAA